AUGAUUUCUUUCUCCUCCGUCCAAUCCACUUCCGCCACCGCCGGCGCUGCCUCAACCGCAACCCCAACGGCCACACGAACCGCCCUUUUUCCUCAUUUCAAUUCCCACCAAUUGUCGUUCUCACAUCCAUCACAAACCUCUCAAUCCCACUGUUAUCCCCAUAGCCGCCAGCAGGGCCUUCGCAUCCGGGCCAUUGACGCCGCGCAGCCGUAUGAUUACGAGGCCCAUCUCGUCAACCGCUUCGCACAGUCCACCAAGCUCAAAAUCGCCGUGAUUGGGUUCGGGAACUUUGGUCAAUUCCUUGCCAAGGCAUUCAUUCGCCAGGGACAUACUGUUUUCGCGCAUUCUCGGUCAAAUUACGCCUCCAUAGCGCAAUCACUUGGCGCUGCUUUCUUUUUUGAUACUCAUGAUCUGUGUGAACAACACCCUGAUGUUAUCCUUCUCUGUACCUCUAUAAUUUCCACUGAAUCGGUACUUAGGUCUCUCCCUAUCCAACGUCUAAAGCGCAACACGCUUUUUGUUGAUGUUCUAUCUGUUAAAGAGUUUCCGAAGAAUAUUUUCCUGCAAGUUCUUCCUACCCAUUUUGAUGUUCUUUGUACUCACCCAAUGUUUGGCCCUGAAAGUGGGAAAAACGGCUGGCAAAAUUUACCCUUUGUAUUUGACAAAGUGAGGAUUGGGAAUGAAGAUUCUAGACUUGCACGCGUUGAGAAUUUCUUAGACAUUUUCAAGAAGGAAGGUUGUAGGAUGGUGGAGAUGACUUGUGCAGAGCAUGAUAAAUAUGCUGCUGGAUCACAGUUUAUCACACACACAAUGGGAAGAAUUUUGGAGAAAUUACAGUUAGAUAGCACUCCAAUCAAUACCAAAGGGUACGAGACUCUGCUGGAUUUGGUGGAAAAUACAGCCAGUGACAGCUUCGAUCUGUACUACGGUUUAUUUAUGUAUAACAAAAAUGCAAUGGAGCAAAUAGAGAGAUUGGAUUUGGCAUUUGAGGCUUUGAAGCAGGAGCUGUUUGGACAUUUGCAUGAGAGACCUUGGGGAAUCAUGAUAAUUAGGAUGGUUUCUAUUUGUAUUAGGUGCUGUAGGAAUGGUGUUGAUUCUACUGAUUGA